GCAUUAUUGUCUGCCGCAAAGCGGCGCAAAAAAGGAAUUUUUCGGGGAAUCAGCUGUUUAAAAAUUCCACUUUUCCGCCGGGACCGUCCCAGCUACCGUUCCUGUCUCCAGCAGGACUUUCCCUGCUUACCGCAUUCGCAUCCGGACGCCAGCCAGACAACUUUUCUUCCAUUUCUUAACUUUCUUUGUUGUCGUUGCGGUCUUCUGAGGAAUCUCCGCUGUUUGCUCUUAGCUCCGCCGUCCCUCUGCAGUGCGAGGGACCUGUCGGGUUCUCUCUGUGCGUUUCUUUCUCGAUCCACACCGGCUACACAGUCCUCAUCUUGGCUUCUGCCGUGGGUUUUCCUUCCUCUCUCUUCUCUGUCAAUGCGUUCUGAUGUUUUCUUGCUCCUCUCGACCCUUUUUUCUCCCCGGUGCCGACCCACCAGUAGACUGUCUAAAGUCUCGCGUUGGCAGAAAAGCCCCUUCAGAGACCGAGUGUACACCUGCGAUGAGACUUCUGAAACAAUCCACGCCUCACUGCCAGAAAGGCCUUUUCACCUCUAUAUCUUCGAGAGAAGGCUCUUUAAUCGCCACCUACAAGGUGUUCAGAGCAAAGGGAAAUCAUAGCGAGGACGCUUCACGUUUGUUGAGAGGCGAGGGUCGCGCCUCGACCGCUCCGUGCGUUUCGCGCCUUCUCGUCGUUCGUGUCUGCUUUAUCUUCUGAACACAGAGACGCUCCGCAAAGGGCCUGCGACCUCCCUUUCAGAGCGGCGUUCGACAAUCCGAUCGAACUAGAAGUUCUCUCCCAACCGCUCUCUGGGUUUCUUGCCCAGCUUGACAACCAUUCGAGCGCCGAGUCCGAUAAAGGUUCAAAAGACUAGCUCAAAAGACCAGCGUGAAAUGAAGUGUCUUUCAAGGAGACCACAUUUGACCGGCAGCUUGUGAUCGAAUUUUCAGCGUCUUCUCUUGAGUAAAUGUUCACGACAAACCUGAGAAGCAGGCUCUCUUUCGAAGGCAUGUCUUCCGUCUCAGAAUACCCCACUGAAAAUAACAAAGAAAGCAUCUCCAGUCAACCACCUUUGAUACUCUUUGACUCUGACGGCGUUCUCUUCCUCUAGUCGUUUAUCCUUCGUGUACUCACAUACAUGUAUACGCAUAUAUAUGCAUAUAUAUAUAUAUAUAUAUAUUUAUAUGUGUGUAUACACAUAUGUACAUAUAUAUGUGUAUGUAUCUAAUGUUGAUAUAUAUGUAUGUAUAUUUAGAUAAUAUAUGUGUAUAUAAGUAGAUAAUAUAUGUGUAGAUAUAUGUAUCGAUGUAUAUGUAUAUAUAUAUAUAUAUAUGCUUGUGUAAAAUCUGGCGGAGCCAUUCGUACCCAGUUCCUCGUUUUCUCUCCUAGCAGUUUAUCCGCGUCCACUGCUUUUCCCUUGAAGAUGUCGUCGCUGUCCGACUCUCAGCCGGAGUCGCCAGGUGUCGUGGAGGAAGAAUCUCUGCAAGAGAAACAACAUGAAAAAGAGGAAGACGUUCGAGAAGAGCGAAUAGUUACUUCUGCUGAACCUGAAAAAUCUGAUUCUUCAAGUUCUUCCUCGCGACGGAGAGCAGAGCGUGUCGACUCCAGCUCUUUCACAGAUGAAGGUCGAAACCUGCUUUCGAAGCGGAAAGGGCAAGUGAAAGACACGAUUUUCUGUUCCCCGGGAACGGAGGAUGGCGAGGACUUUGUUCGGGUGGAGGAGAGGAACAGAGACGGAGGUCGACAAGACUUGGAAACACAGAAGCCACCUCGCGCGACCGUGGAAGAAGCUCUCGAAAAGAAACUUGCGACGCUCUCCUCCAGUGCUUGCGUGGAUGAGCUCGUCGCGGUUUCUUUUGAUGAAACAACGUGUUCGCUUUCUCUCGAAGAGUCCUUGCCUUUUGAGGGGGACUCGCUGGACGCGCGAUUCGACAGACUCGGAAAACUCGCAGUUGAGAACUUUCCACGCAUUUUCCUUCUUCGUCUUGACGUCGAAUCAAAUUCCCCGGAAUGGGCAGUCAUUUCCUGGACUCCUGCGGCAGUCUGCUCUCCGUGCCGACGAACGUUCGUCGAUUACGCUGCUUGGUUUCUUCGGAUUUCCCUGCGUUUCUCUCGUCCUGUGAAAGAGUACUACGCUAGCAAGAAGGAAUUGCUCACGGUGGAAGCCUUUCGACGAGCUCAGCGUCAGGCCUGUCGCGUGCAGCCGCAAAAGCCUCGCGCCGACGACUUCUGCCUCUCCUACGACCGUAUUCUACCUCCUCGGCUGUCCGCGCUCGAAAGUGGGCAAGCAAAAUCGCCCGUGUCACCACAGGUCCCUUUGACAGUAGACAACUCGUUCAGUGAACAAUUGGAAGAGUUCCGAAAGGGCGAGAUCGCCUGUAUUGAAAUUUUCAUCGACGACGAAGAUUCAACGCUUGUCGCGCUACCCUGUAUCCAUGACACUCCAGCGCUCCUUCAGCAGCAUGUGACCGACGGUCGCCCGCGCUACUUUCUCCUUCGCUACGAAGACUCGGCGGCAUUCAUCUUCUUCGCCGCCGCCGAGAGUCGGCGAGACUGCGUGCUCUACGCUGCAUUCAAGCAGCGCGCCUUGGAUCUGAUUCUCAAGUGUGGAGUCCAGGUUUCAAAUCGCUACGAAAUUCGCUGUGCCGAGGACCUCCCAUUUGUUCUCGGAGAGGCAAUCACCAGAAGUCCAGGGGCCUCGCGGUGUUUCGACUCCAACUCGCUCUCCGGGAGCGCCUCCCUCUUUGUUGGCGUAGGAGAGCAGCCGGCAGAAAUGACGAAAGAAAACUUCCUUGUCCUUCUCGCGAUGCUUCCUGCCAAAGCGCCUCCUCCUGGCGACGGGUGGCAACAGACUGCAGUUCUCCCCGCUGCCCAAGACACUCUGGAGGCCUGGCAGGUAUCGGCAGCUCUCUAGAAACUUCAGGAAACGCUUUUAGGAAAGAACGGAUUCUGCCUCAUCAAUAAAACCCAAAAAAUGUCUGGUGCACCGAAGCAGACACACAAGAAGGGUCGGAGUGAGAGCAGAUGUGUUGUCAAGGGCGGCUUCUCAGGUUCAGGGUCCGCAGUCUAUGAGCUCUUGAAAAACGUUCGCUUUAUACAGGCGGAAAGACCUGGACAGAUAUGCACUUGCAGUAAUUUCGCGCAACUUCAAGUGCCUGAAAAGAGGACGUUCUCUUCGUAAACGGGACCGCAGAUCAGACGAACCAUCGGUCGCAGGCUUCUGAACUGCAGACAUGAAAACAUCAUGUCUCUAUCCGCACUCAUAUAUAUAUAUAUAUAUAUAUAUAUUAACCGGUAGAGUUGCGGGAAGUACAAAGUGCUGGUUUCAGCUAUUUUUUGAAAACCUCGGGCGACAAGGCGUCUCUCUGGUUCAGAGGGCAGUUUUGGGAGUUUUAGGGGAGCGAGACCGGAAGUGUCUCGCCUCGUGUUUGAAAGAAAAUU